UAUGUCGGCAGUGCAACGCAUGCGUGGUAUUUUCAAUUCUGGGUUGGAUUUAAAUUUUUUACAAAGUUCUAGGGAAGAUCCACACGUAGUAGCAACACUCUUAAAAAUGUAUCUGCGUGAAUUACCAGAACCUAUAUUGACAGAGGAACUUUUACCAGACUUUAGCGCAUGUGUAGCGAAGCAUACCAACUCUGAUUUAAAUGCUAUACCACCAGCAAUUGCACCUGGAUCUGGAACCCAACAGAUGUCCACUGCUUAUUUCACUGCACCAACCGUAGUCCCAGAAGCACUUCCUCAUGAUCUUGCAGCCAUCAUUUCUCGCUUACCGCCUUAUCAUUUUUAUACACUACGCGCCCUUUUUUCACAUCUCUCUCGUGUUGAUAGUAACAAUGACGUGAACAAAAUGACUAUUAAUAUCGUUUUUGGGAAAGGAUGUAUUAGUGAAGAAGCAGAAAUUGAACUUGAAAAACGAGAACAACAAGUUAAAGAAAAGCGAGCACCACAGGUAUAUCACAAAACUUAUAUUUCCGAAGAUUUUUCAAAAAGUUUUGAAGACUUGCUGAUGAUUGAUAGACAUCCUAGUGCAAACAGUUCGAGUAAUUCAUACCCAUCGUCGUCAUCUUCUUCCAUAAAAGGUUUACCUGUAAAUAAGGACGACAUUGACACUCAUAAUAAUAAUCAAAGCGAUUCUAUGAAAAAUUUUGCUGUAAAUAAUACAUUUUCUAAAAUUUCACCACUUUCGUCAUCAUCAUCUAUAACAGCACCAUCUACACCACCAUCAAAAGAUUCUAGUAAAGAUACCAAUAACCAGUUUAAUUAUGAUGAAUUUCAUGAAAAACGUAAUCAUUCUUUAGUAAAUGUGGCUGGAGUAGAAAAAAUAGCAAAAACUUCAUCAGUUUUCAGCCCUUCUUUUCGUUUAAGAUCUAGUAGUGUUCCGCUAAAAGUCAUAGAAUUAUCAGACUUUUCAGAAUCUGAGGAAGAACAAAACUUUACUGAAGAUGAAGGUCCAAAUGAGAUAAAUUCACCAACUCUUAUGUCAUUUGAUUAUUUGGAUAGAUAUGGUACUAAGAAGGGUUUACUAAAUCUAACAUCAAGAGUAUCAAAUAAUUGGAUAUCACAACACAAUGGCGCUAACGAUGGGAAGAGUGUUAGAAGACGCCGACCAAGUGUAGAAGAAAGGGAGAAGUGGAAAAAGACACUUGUAACAAAUACUAACACUAAUGCACCUCCAAAUAUCACUGAAGAUCGGGUAGUAACUAGCGAAGAGGAUAAUAUGAAUGAAGAAAAAAUCCCUAGUCAGUUGAAUUGA